AAAAGAAUAAAGUGUGCUCGAGAGACCUACCGCCGCCGCCCGCACAACAAGAAAACAGAUAAAACAUCCACCCACUAAUCAUCAUGGAGGUCGCCGGGUUAGCUUUGGGGGGUCUUGGGGUCUUGGGCGUUGCAGAUGUUUGUCUUCGAGUCGGCCAGAACCUCCUUCAACGAUACAGGGACGUCCAAGAAGCCCACAAAGAUGUGGAAGGCCUAAAGUUUCGGGUAGAAAAUGUCUGGUUACAUAUUGCAAUCCAAUUAACGACGGUUAAGAGUUCCGAGAAAGAAGUUCACCAAGUCCUCACAGACCAUAUAGCGGAGCUUCUCAAUAAACUACAGUACUACUUGCACACUGCCUACAGAAAUCUCGAAAAGCUACAGGAUAGAAGAGGGAGAGCGAGAGUGAUAAAGUUCGCUUUUUUCCUAAAGUCAUCGUUGGAGAAGGAUGUAUCGGUGCUGGAGAGGUGGAGGGAUAUGUUUAAUUCAACUUUUUACAUGCUAUCGAUACCGAAAAACCCCGCGCUAGAUCGAAUCCUGUCGAUGGAAGUCCAAAAGAAUCAGCCCGAUAAUAGUCCUGUGACCGCUGUCAAAGCGAUCCGUGACGUCCUCGCCGACGAACCCACGAAACAGCUCACGCCAGUCUGGCUGGAACCCGUGAAGAUGUAUUUCCCAAACCCCAUUGGCUACUCCGGGGCUUAUAUCGUUUUCGAUAAUACUACCAACAUGAGAUACAUUAUGGAAACUAUUACUGUUGAUCCGGGUCGAAGAGACUACAAGCAACUCGACAAGGACGUGACAAAGCUGGCAAGUGUGCUUAGGGAAUCCAGGGGUGUCCCGGGAGUCCUGGCUUGCAGGGGAGUCGUCAGGCAGCAGAGGAGCGAUGGGGCCCCUGAAAAAUUUGAGUUUAUAUUGGAGAUGCCCCACAGACUCGACCAGAGCCCCGAGUGCCUCCGAACUGUUCUCCAGAGAUCGACCAACGAGCCACAUCCCCUCGAGGAGCGCGUCCUUCUCGCCAAACAGAUUGCAAAGGCAGUCAUGUUCGUACACAACCUCAACUUUGUCCACAAGAACAUGCGUCCCGAGACUAUCCUUGUCUUCCCCAAUCCCGGGAAAACUCUUGGCAUCCCAUUCCUCGUCGGUUUCCAGAUGUUCCGGUCCGCGGACGGGGUCACCUACAGGGCCGGCGAUGAGUCCUGGUCGAAUAACCUCUACCGCCACCCCAGUCGCCAGGGAACCCUCCCGGAUCAUGUGUAUAGGAUGCAGCACGACAUCUACAGCCUGGGCGUCAUCCUGCUGGAAAUCGGCCUAUGGUCCCCGUUUGUGAACGAGGAGGGGGGGCCCGCUGCAGCAUUGUCGCAGAUUGUGCAUAUCCUCCAAGACAGGGAUCAAAGGAAGAGGGCCGCCCGGAUCAAGAAGGUGUUGAUGGCCAUGGCGUACAACUACUUGCCACCGAGGAUGGGAACCAAGUAUACGGACAUUGUGAUCGCGUGCCUCACGUGUUUGGAUAGAGACUCGGAGUUGGGUAACGAAAGUGAAUUCCUCGAGGACGACGGUGUCUUGGUUGGUGUGAGAUAUACCCAACAGAUUUUGGGCGUGCUGGAAGAAAUUGAUGUUUGAGGUAUGAAAACGGGCGUUGCGCUAUGAUUUGGAUCCUAUCAUCGCUCCCCCCAUCUCUUUGGCAUUAUUUUCUCUUUUGGAAUGUUCUGUCUGAGAUUCUGCGGAUUUGUUAAAAAAUUCUUUGCGCGACUUGCUUGUGUUCUAUGCUCUCUAAAUCUGUCUUCUUUUUCUAUUUUUUUCCUCCUAGCAUCAUAGUAGCCCUACAACCACUUGAGCCCAGCGGUAUCAUACCACGCGUGUUGCUAUGGCUUUCUCCUCGCA